AUUCAGUUACAUGGGCCUGGUCCAGCUUCGAAUUUUCUGCCAAUCAUUAUUUUCUCCAAUAAGUUAAUUAUAUAUGCAAGAGGAGAGAGCUCCAACACCAUCGUCUCCGUCUUCCAUCACCCUCCUCUCGAAUUACGCCAAAUUAGUUUUGAUAGUUAAAUCAUAAUGGUUUCUGGGUUAAUCAACGAGAACCCAACUGUCUACGAGAGAAAAGAGCGUCGUGUCCGCACCGAUUCCACCAACACGGAUGAGUUUUCAGUUGAACCUAUCGACCAGCUCGAGAUUUUUGAUCAUAUAAGAGAUAUAAGAGAUCCAGAGCAUCCUUACUCUUUGGAACAACUCAAAGUUCUUACUGAAGACUCUGUUGAAGUUGAUGAUGGCAAGAGUUAUGUCAGGGUUACAUUCACACCAACGGUGGAACAUUGUAGCAUGGCAACCAUUAUCGGUCUUUCUGUCCGCGUUAAACUUAUGCGAAGCCUUCCUCCUCGCUACAAGAUUGAUAUAAGGGUAGCACCAGGUUCUCAUGCAACAGAGGCUGCACUCAAUAAACAACUAAACGACAAGGAGCGUGUGGCGGCUGCACUAGAGAAUCCAAACCUCGUGGAGAUGGUUGAUGAAUGUUUGUCUCCAUCAUUUGAUGAUGCUUGAUGUUUUCAUGGUACACUAUCAUAAUAUGUCUCUGCUUUAGUCUGCAAAGAUUUUGAUCCACUAGGACUUGCUUUCUGUUCAGUUUCUUGUUAGUUUUCAUCUUGUUAAAGACUGAGAAGUUAUCCAGAUAACGAGGUAUUGAUUGGAUCCUCUCUCAUUGUUCCA